UUCCAUUGAAGUCGCACGCCAGUCGUCACUCCCAGGAGAGGAUUUGCUUUGUGCUGGAAACUUACUGUCCUACCACCUCACUCACUCAUUCACUCAUUAUUUACCAGGCGCCGCCCCUGCCUUGAUCGCGGGCACUAAAUAGCUGAUCUCCGGUCCAUAGCGAAGACCGCGUACCCUUCCACAUACACGACGACCCUCUUCGCAUGGUCGUCAAUCUGUUAGAGAGAUGCCGGCCAAAUCACGAUUUACAAGGUUAGAUGCGUUCGCCAAAACGGUCGAAGAUGCGCGCGUUCGAACCACGUCUGGGGGAGUUAUCACCAUAGCAUCGUUGCUGGUUAUAUUCUGGCUUGUAUGGGGAGAAUGGGUGGACUACAGGCGCGUAGUGGUUCUGCCCGAGUUGGUGGUCGAUAAGUCAAGAGGCGAGAAGAUGGAGAUUCAUCUGAACAUGACCUUCCCCCGACUCCCUUGCGAGAUGUUGACCCUCGACGUUAUGGAUGUGUCAGGCGAGCAACAGACGGGCGUGGCUCAUGGUAUCAACAAGGUGCGCUUGACUUCGGAGGCUGAAGGAGGUCGCGUGAUUGAUGUGAAAGCUCUGGAGCUUCAUUCUUCGACAGAGACCGCGAAGCACCUGGACCCUGAUUACUGCGGCGAAUGUGGUGGCGCACCCGCACCUGCCGGUGCCAUCAAGGCUGGCUGCUGCAACACCUGCGAAGAGGUCCGUGAAGCUUAUGCCCAAAAGCAAUGGGCCUUCGGCAAGGGAGAGAACAUUGAACAGUGUGAUCUUGAGGGGUAUGCGGAGCGCAUCGAUGCGCAGCGCCGGGAAGGCUGCCGCCUCGAGGGUGUCCUCCGCGUCAACAAGGUGAUCGGCAACUUCCACAUCGCGCCCGGGCGCAGUUUCACCAGUGGCAAUCUCCAUGUGCACGAUCUCGCCACGUUCUUCGAGCCCAACCUGGCCGAGAACGAGAAACACACCAUGACCCACGAGAUUCACCAGCUUCGAUUCGGACCUCAGCUGCCUGACGAGCUGUCCGAUCGCUGGCAGUGGACCGACCACCACCACACCAACCCCCUGGACAACACAAAACAGGAGACUAGCGAACCUGGCUACAACUUCAUGUACUUUGUCAAGGUGGUCUCGACUUCGUACCUCCCCUUGGGCUGGGAUCCGCUAUUCUCGUCCUCCAUCCACAGCGCCUAUGACAAGGCCCCUCUCGGAGCUCAUGGAAUUGCCUACGGAGCCGAGGGAAGCAUCGAGACCCACCAGUACUCGGUGACCUCCCACAAGCGAUCCCUGCGGGGCGGCGACGCCUCCGACGAAGGCCACAAGGAGCGACUCCAUGCCGCCAACGGUAUCCCCGGCGUCUUCUUCAACUAUGACAUCUCGCCGAUGAAGGUCAUCAACCGCGAAGCUCGCCCUAAGACCUUCACCGGAUUCUUGACUGGAGUCUGCGCGAUCGUCGGUGGUACUCUGACUGUGGCCGCUGCCAUUGAUCGUGGGCUGUAUGAGGGCGUCAACAAGAUGAAGAAGCUUCAUUCGCAUUGAGGUUGUGCUCUGCUGCUAUAUUCAGCAGACUACGGGAGACAUACACAAUAAAAGAAUAGAAAAAGAACAAAAAGAUAAGAGAAGUACUCGAAAAAUCAAGGGGAAACAGACAGCUGCGCAGGAGCAUCAGCAAGGCAGGGCACUCAGGCAGUCCAGGCGUUUUAGGUCCAUACACCAUGGU